AUCCCAACCAUUUCCAUUUCCCCGCCUCUAUCUCGGCCCCUUCCCAACCCAACGCAACCCCGAUGGCUGCUUCUCUCCUCCCCGGACUCCACCGGCCGCCGACCAACUCCAGCUUCUCUUUCCCGCGACAACCACGCAAGAACCCUUGCAGUGUCCCGUCGCCGAGAAAUCCCUUCUCUGCUUCCGUCUCCCCUUCCACCUCCUCCUCCUGGGAGCGGGAAGAACAGCGUUGGUUGCGCGAGGAGCAGAGGUGGCUACGCGAGGAGAAGAGGUGGGUUCGGGAGGAGUCUAGGUGGGUGUCCGAGCGCGAUUCCCUCCUUCGAGAGAUCGCGGCCCUCCGCCACCGGAUCGAGGCGCUGGAGCGUGACCGGCCGAGUCUCGAUGCCGUUAUCGUGGCGGCCGCGGCGAGCAAGGAGCUCCCGGUGGGUAACCUUCCUCGGUCGGCGCUAGUGGAGGAGACCGAGGUCCAGGAAUUGAUCCUCGAAGAAGUUAGGGUCUCGGAGUCCACUGUGGAGAAGAGAGAGAUGGUGGUAGAUGAGAAGAAGAAGAAGAAGUCGCUUGGACGGCAGGCUCUUAGGAGAGGCUCAGAGGGAAACGAUGUUCGAUUGAUGCAGGAAGCAUUGCAAAGAUUGGGUUUUUAUUCAGGCGAAGAAGAUAUGGAAUAUUCAUCCUUCUCAAGUGGAACAGAGCGUGCUGUGAGAACUUGGCAGGCCACUGUAGGAGCACCUGAAGAUGGAAUUAUGACAGCGGAUCUUCUGGAAUGGUUAUUCAUGGAGAAGAGUACAAGAGAUGCUGCUUCCAAGUUCAAUGCAGAUGGUGCAAAUGGAGCAGUAGUGGCUUCUAUAGCAGAAACCACAGAGAUUCAGCAGAAAGCAGUAACAGAAGAUGGUGAUGCACAACAUAAAGUUUCUGAGCGAAGAGUGUUUCUUCUUGGGGAGAACAGAUGGGAAGAACCAUCAAGGCUUAUUGGUAGGCGUAAACCAUUUGCCAAUACCAAAUUUGUAAGCCAUACAAAGUGCCUCUCUUGUCGUGGGGAAGGUAGAGUGAUGUGCUCAGAAUGUGAUGGAUCUGGGGAACCAAAUAUAGAGCCACAGUUUCUAGAGUGGGCUGGUGAGGAUGCAAAAUGCCCAUAUUGCGAAGGUCUGGGCUACACCACUUGUGAUGUUUGUAGAGGUGGGAACAACUGAAACUUUACUUGUGAUUUGAUCUCUCUUCCUAUCAAAUAGACGGAUCGGAAGCUACUACAUCGAUACGUGAAUGUUUUGUGCUUCAGAUACAUGUAUCCGGAAUCCAGCAAAAGCUGUAAGAAUUCUACCGUCAGAAAUAUAGGGAUUUUUAAAAAGAAAAAAAAUGUCUAUUUUGUAAUUAUUUAUAUAUUGAGAUUUCGUUAGUUUGCUGAAAAUAUAUUCAAAUGAGCAUUUCUAAAUUAGAACCUCGAAUACACUUAUUUUAAAUUUGAAUAUGCUGAUCUGCUCAGGGCUUUUUAUA